AUGGUUCAUAAUAUCUCAAGUCCAGCUAAACUCUUUUACAAAGGUGAUGACACCGACUUUGUCAUUUUUGUUGAGUCAGAGGAGGCAGUAAAUGACUACCUCAAAGAUUCGUCUAUCCCAUUGAGUGACUCUGUUGCUAAGUUUCAAAUCUACAAAAACUCAACCUCAACCGGAGCAGAGGGAGAGUUGGAUCAGGCCAACUCUUCCGAGCUUGACAAUGAGUUUGGAACUCAUAGCAUAGAUGAUGUGAUCGAGACCAUUAUGAAGAAGGGAACAUUCAAGGGAACUGCCCCAGCCAGACUGGACUCAAAGAAGUUCAGCAGCACGAAUGACUCGAAUGGAGUUUACAACCAUUGA